AUGAUAAACUACGACUCCCCCAUGCCUCAACCAACUUUCCAACCAACAUUUCCCCAACACUGCAGACUUCCCCACCCGACUCACCCAUGCCUCAACCAACUUUCCAACCAACAUUUCCUCAACACUGCAGACUGUCCCACCCGACUCACCCAUGCCUCAAUCAACUUUCCAACCAACACUUCCCCAACACUACAGACUUCCCCAACACUACAGACUUCCCCACCCGACUCCCCUAUGCCUCAACCAACUUUCCAACCAACAUUUUCCCAACAUUACAGGCUGCCCCACCCGACUCCCCCAUGCCUCAACCAACUCCAAUUAACAUUUCCCCAACACUACAGACUUUCCCACCCGACUCCCCCAAGCCUCAACCAACUUUCCAACCAACAUUUCCCCAACACUACAGACUGUCCCACCCGACUCACCCUUGCCUCAAUCAACUUUCCAACCAACAUUUCCCCAACACUACAGACUUCCCCAACACUACAGACUUCCCCACCGACUCCCCUAUGCCUCAACCAACUUUCCAACCAACAUUUUCCCAACAUUACAGGCUGCCCCACCCGACUCAUCCAUGCCUCAACCAACUUUCCAACCAACAUUUCCCCAAUACUACAGACUUUCCCACCCGACUCCACCAAGCCUCAACCAACUUUCCAACCAACAUUUCCCCAACACUACAGACUGCCCAACCCGACUCCCCCAUCCCUCAACCAACUUUCCAACCAACAUUUCCCCAACACUGCAGACUUCCCCACCCGAGUCACCCAUGCCUCAUCUAACUUUCCAACCAACAUUUCCCCAACAAUACAGACUUCCCCACCCGACUCACCCAUGCCUCAACCAACUUUCCAACCAACAUUUCCCCAACACUACAAACUUCCCCACCCGACUCCCCCAUGCCUCAACCAACUUUCCAACCAACAUUUCCCCAACACUACAGACUUCCCCACCCGACUCACCCAUGCCUCAACCAACUUUCCAACCAACAUUUCCCCAACACUACAGGCUGCCCCACCCGACUCACCCAUGCCUCAACCAACUUUCCAACCAACAUUUCCCCAACACUACAGAAUUCCCCACCCGAGUCACCCAUCCCUCAACCGGCUGUCCAACCAACAUUUCUCCGACACUGCAGACUGCCCCACCCGACUCACCCUUGCCUCAACCAACUUUCCAACCAACAUUUCCCCAACACUACAGACUGCCCCACCCGACUCACCCAUGCCUCAAUCAACUUUUCAACCAACAUUUCCCCAACACUACAGACUGCCCCACCCGAGUCACCCAUCCCUCAACCGGCUGUCCAACCAACAUUUCUCCAACACUGCAGACUUCCCCACCCGACUCACCCAUGCCUCAACCAACUUUCCAACCAACAUUUCCCCAACACUGCAGACUUCCCCACCCGACUCACCCAUGCCUCAACCAACUUUCCAACCAACAUUUCCCCAACACUACAGACUGCCCAGCCCGGUUCACCCAUGCCUCAUCCGGCUGUCCAACCAACAUUUCCCCAACACUACAGACUGCCCCACACGACUUCCCCAUAUGUCAAACAACUUUUGCACGCCAUAUUUUCCCCGUAUACGACAGCUUCCCUCCACCCGACAUUUUCCCAACGCUAGACUUUCCCCAUCUGAUAUUUCCCCAACUACAAACCGUCUUCGCCAUUCUACACCUAUAUAUUUUAAGAUACAUUGA